AUGGCAACCAGCGGAGCCCUAACCUCGACAGGCCCCAAACCCGUAGUCACCGACGAGGUCCUGAAAGUCUUCAAAAGCUUCGACGCCAGCGGCGAUGGCAAGAUCUCCGUCAACGAGCUCGGCAACGACCUCAAGGCCCUCGGCUUCAACGUCUCAAACGACAAGCUCAAGCGUGUUAAGGUCGAUCUCGACACCGACAAUGAUGGCUUCAUUUGCCUUGACGAGUUCAACGCCUUCUGGGUCUCCUCCAGCUUAAACAGGAGUCCAAAACCUACGACCCGAUAUCUCACUUCUAUAGCUAUAUGUCAGGCACGAGACGCAAGACUGGUUGAAGGUCCACAUAACUGA